UCUGUGGGAUGAAAUUAGUUGAGGAAUUCAACAAUUCUAGGGCCUUAACACAACCCUAGCGAGUCACCAGAGACGCACCUAUAUAAUCCUCUGCGAGCAACUCUUUAUCGUUUUCCUCCAUAACCGCCUGCUUUUAUCUACUUCAUAAGCGCAAACAAGAGCCUUGGAGAUAUCCUAUGGCACCGAAGAAGGACAAAGCUCCCCCACCGUCAUCAAAGCCCACAAAGUCUGGCGGAGGGAAGCAGAAGAAGAAGAAAUGGAGCAAGGGAAAGCAAAAGGAGAAGGUGAACAACAUGGUUUUGUUUGAUCAAGCAACUUAUGACAAGCUUCUCAGCGAGGUUCCCAAGUAUAAGCUUGUGACACCAUCCAUCUUGUCCGACAGAUUAAGGAUUAGUGGCUCACUUGCAAGGCGAGCAAUCAAGGAUCUCAUGGCACGAGGAUCUAUUAGGAUGAUAUCUCCUCAUGCCAGCCAGCAGAUCUAUACUAGAGCUACCAACACUUAGGAGACAAUCCCAAGUUUGUCUAUGAAGAGUAGAUCAAUUUAUAUUAUUCAGGGGAAUCUGAAAUAUGAGAUUUAAAUGUGAUAAAAAGUAUAUGUUUUAUUCAUUGAUUUAUAUAUUAGGUUUAUAAA